UUCUCUUUGUGCUGCUCAGUCCUGAUGGCAAAACCAAAUCCUACAAUGAGAUCGGUCGCGCCAUGGCUACACUCAUGGUUGACGAUGUCAGAGAAAAUCUUACCAGUUCUGAAUCUUGAAAUUAAGUAUCAUCACAGAUUUUACAAAUCUCUCUGUAUCUGUCACCAUAUUUAGCUGUUCAGUGACGUGGCCUAUAAAGCCAGAGAUCGUGAGGACUUGAUUGCUGGGAUUGAUGAGUUUUUGGAUGAGGUGAUCGUUCUUCCUCCUGGAGAAUGGGACCCCAAGAUCCGCAUCGAACCCCCGAAGAAACUGCCUUCCGCAGAGAUGAGGAAGUCUGUUUUCUCUCUGAAUGAGCUGCUCAGUCCUGAUGGCAAAACCAAAUCCUACAAUGAGAUCGGUCGCGCCAUGGCUACACUCAUGGUUGACGAUCUGUUCAGUGACGUGGCCUAUAAAGCCAGAGAUCGUGAGGACUUGAUUGCUGGGAUUGAUGAGUUUUUGGAUGAGGUGAUCGUUCUUCCUCCUGGAGAAUGGGACCCCAAGAUCCGCAUCGAACCCCCGAAGAAACUGCCUUCCGCAGAGAUGAGGAAGUCUGUUUUCUCUCUGAAUGAGCUGGAGCAGCCGAAUGGGAAUUUGGAGGUGCAGCGUCUGCAGAAGAAGAGGACCUUCCAGCUCCUCAUGAACUAGGAGAGGAGCUGAAAUUCACUGGCCGAUUUUGUGGAGGACUGUGUCUGAACAUUAAGCGUAAAGUGCCCUGGUUUCUCAGUGACUUCUAUGAGGGCUUCCACAUCCAGUCCAUCUCUGCGGUACUCUUCGUUUACCUGGGCUGCAUCACCAAUGCAAUCACCUUUGGAGGACUGCUGGGGGAUGCAAAUGACAACUACCAAGUAAUUAACCUUGCAGCCACAGAUGUUUUCCAUGGGCGAUGCUUACAUCUACAGAGCUGAUAUAAGACCAAUAUUCUGUUAUAUUCAACAUGAUGCUCAAAACAGCCAAAUAUGAAGGAGUUAAAUGGACUGGCCAAAACACUGUUCCAUUAUUAUUUUAUAUAAUUUCAGAGUAAAAAUUUAAGGUUAUCAUAACAAGUAAUUUUAUAAGAUAUAAAAUUAAAAGGAAUUAUUUAGAAAUAAAGUUGAAGUUGUGUGAUAUAAAAAUCAUGUUGUGAUACAUAAAAGGUUUUUUGUUUUUCUCUCUGUCUGAGAUGGAAACAUAUGGACAGUGUUGGGCAGUAACGCGUUAUUAGUUACGCUUUACUGUAACGCAGUUCCAUUUGACAG